AUUUGUACAGAUAUAUUUUUUCUUCAUUCGGUCAGCGACCGUUCGUGUAGUAGCAUAGUAGAUUGUGUUUCUAUACGUGUUUGGUGCAUUUUCUCUGCUUCAGGAGGCCAAGAAAAGAACGUUCGGAAGCAUCGUCGUCGUUCGCGUAUUCACCUCGGCGGGACAGUGUUUUUAUCAUCUCACGGGUCAGUCAGUAGUAGUGCAUCUGAAAUUUGCGUAGAAUGAAAAUUUGUGCAAUUCCCGCUUCCCCCUGCGAGCCAGCGAUUCAUUAUUGCAGUGCAAGGUGCUGACAUAAAGGAAAAAGAAUUUCGGAACAAAUUAACUGUGUUACAAGUGUGUGAUAAUCCAAUUCUCAGCUCACUGCGAUCGUUUGUUGGGCUAUUGUUAAACAGUGACAUAACAAAAUCAAGGAAAGUGCUUUCUGUGUUUUGAAUCAGUGCAUCAAUAACAAAAUAGCAUAGCACACUAUGCUGAUUUGACGGCGCUGCAGGCAAGGAAUAUUUGAAACAGUUGUUUUCGAACGCACAUUCUGGAUUAAAAUAAUAUUCAUACUCGGAGUAUUUGAAGUAAACAGUGGUGCAUAAUUGGAAGUAAAACAUUAAUUAACGUACCAGCAAUCUAACUUAAUUGUAUGUUACCAUAAAUGGUAUAGUGCAAGACAGAUUAAAUUGAUGAUUCUCAAUCUGCAAAAUAAUUGGAUUUCAUCGGAACCGAUACACAUAUAAAGCUACAAAUCAUAUGAUUGCCGUUCUUCGAAUCUCAAUACAUCAAUUAUCUCGGAAAACAGCGAAAGAGAGAUAAAUGUACACAUAAACAGUGUAAAUUCUCGUUCCUAAUACAAAAAAGAUGUUGAGAGAAACAGCCGAAACUAAAAAUAACAGAGAAUAAUAAAGUGACGUGCAAAAACAAGUAAGACAACGAGUGAACGAAGUGAGAAGAAAGGUUUUCGGGAAAAGAGAAAAAUCUCUCUAGUUUGGUGUAGCCUACAGAAGUAACAGCAAAAAAAUAACAAAACAAAACAAAAAAAACAACGGUGAGACAACAACUUAUCUGCGCGCCAUUGUGCUCUCGUGUGGUGACUUCAACGCCAGUGUUGAAAGUUAAUCGUGCAUAAAAAGAAAAUAAGUAAUUAUCCUUUUAAACAAGAAAAUUGUAGCCCAAGAGGAGGAGAGGUGGGGAAGCGCCCGCGCCCGCUAUUGAGGAAAAUAUGUUCAGUCAAGCCCGAAAUUGGAAAGAGAAGAAGGACAACAUAAUCGAUGUGCUACAUUUAUAAGUGAGAUAAUUCCGUUGUUUUCUUCCGCUCAUCACGCUUGUUGUUAUUCAUCCGUAUCGCGUGUACUGGAAUCCACUACUUGUUUGGCCUCUGGACUGCUACAACUGCUAUUCCCGUGAUACGGAACAUAUUGUGUCUGUGUAUUGUUACUAUGGAGACUAGUUAUAACAGUGGCACUGGAGAAUUCGACGUAAACAUGUUCGAUCAAUAUAUUUACAAGCGUAACGAGUCCAAUCUCGAUGUAUCCCUAUCAGUUCCCCAUUAUAACGGAACACACGGACAGCAUUACAACAUGAACGAUCAUACGUUUCACACGCCAUCGUUUGGUGAUGAAGAAUUCGACAUACCCACAAUGAACUCACAUCUUCAUCCACAGCAACAGCAGCAGCAGCAACAACAACAACAACAACAGCAGCAUCCACAUCAAAUGGAACAGCAUCAGUACCAAAUGCACAAUAACGGCCAACCGCCUCCCCACAUGGGAAUGCUGAAUGACCAGCAACAGCCACAACAACAGCAACAACAAUACAAUCAAUGGCACCAGGAAACAGUUCUGAACCACCACAGCUCGUAUCAGAUGCCAUCCCCGAAUCAGCCCACAUAUCACCAACUGAACAGCCCUAGUCCAAAUAAUCCGAACGCAACCCUACACGUGAUGCAGCCACCCCAGCAAUCGCCCCAGAUGCCACCGCAGAUGUCGCCGCAGCUUGUCUCCGGUGCACCCGUUGCUGGCCCCGGAGGGUUUAUGGGCCGGUCCCCACCCCAGGCAGGUGCUCAUCACACAAACAAUAACGAACCGGGCACAACUAGCGAAGAUAGUGACGAUGCUAUUCCCGCAAACACACUGAAACGACCAUCGCCCGAACCAGUGUACGACGGCGAUUCAAACACUUCCAAAACGUCUGCUGCUUCGUUAGCGAAGAAACCCAAGGUAGCGAAGAAGAAAAAGAAAAGGGACCCCAAUGAGCCCCAAAAACCCGUCUCAGCGUAUGCGUUAUUCUUUCGCGAUACUCAAGCCGCCAUCAAGGGUCAAACUCCGAAUGCAUCCUUCGGUGAAGUGUCCAAAAUUGUAGCAUCGAUGUGGGACGUAUUAGCGACGGAUCACAAAAACGUUUACAAGAAGAAAACUGAGGCUGCGAAAAAAGAGUAUCUGAAAGCCCUGGCAGCGUACCGAGCGAGUCUGGUGUCCAAGGGCACUGAGGGUGAGCAGCAGCAGUCACCUCAGCAACAGCCAAUGUACUCUCCACCCCCACCGCCUCAGCAGCACACGGGCCAGCAGCUUCAGCAACUUCCACCAUCCCAGCAGCAGCAGCAACAGCAACAACAGCAGCAGAAUAACCAUCUGGUGAACCACUCACAACCGUCACCCCAGCACGGCCAGGCGGUUCCACAAGUGAGCCCUCACAUGCCUAUGCCGGGACAGGGCGGUCACAUGGCACCACAGCCCAACAACUAUCCCCCGCCGUACGCAUCUUCGUACAAGUCACCGCAGCAGCAGAGUAUGAUGCAAAUGCAGCCACAUCUCGCACAUCACGGCCAACCACCGAUGCACCCAGGUCAGGCUCAGCACCAGCCACCGCCCCACCACAUGCAAAUGAACCAGAUGGCCGCCCAACAGCAGCAACAAAUGAUGGCCCAACAGCAGCAGCCACAAAUGGGGCUGUCCCCACAGCAGCAGCAACAACAGCAACAACAACAAAUGCAACAAAACCACCUCACCAAUGCAAAUAUGAACGGAAUGAUGAACAUGGGUAUGACUCCACCGCAGUCGCAUUACAUGAAUCAACAGUAUUCUCCGCGUUUCCCAGAUGCACAGCCAACAACAGUCUCAGGUUCCUGGCCACCCGAUGCAGCAACAGCAGCAUCAUCAGCAGCAGCAGGAACAACAGCAGCAACCGAGUGGACACAUGAGCCCCCACCAGGUGGGUCCUCCACUAUCCGGCAGCCCACCGCAGCAGAACGACGCUCCUCCUCAACAAUGUAUCCGACACGGCUGCCCGAAUCCAGCGAUCGUCAGUUCAGACUGGGAGGAUGAGUACUGCAGUAACGAAUGUGUCAUUACGCACUGCCGUGACGUCUUCGGCAAUUGGGUUCAGUCUAACAAUUCACAACAGCAAACAUACUCAGCUGUGAAGUAAAGAAGCAUUACGUCAGGUUCCGCUAAUACUAAUAUUAAAAAAAGGCGAAACGAGGGUGCAAUCGCAAGAGGAGGCUCCCCCCUGUCAAAGCAUAACAAUAUGGAUAUAAUCAAUUCGUAAUUUACUGUUAUUUCUAAAAAAAAAACAAAACAACUACACACUUUUUACAAUGAUACAUCUUUUAAUCUAAGAGAUAAUACACUUUAGGGAGUAAGACAUAAACAAUAAAGAAAUAAUGAAUGAAUUGAAUUCAGAAAUCAAAUAUUAUAUAGUGAACAAAGAAA